UCUCCUUGAUUUAAUUGAAGAUAAAAAUGAGACCCUGGACAUCUCCCUAGUCAAGCAUCUAUUUCUGGACAUAAUCACCGGCGGUAGCGAAACCACUUCAAGGACUCUGGAGUGGGCAAUGACAGAACUACUUCGCAACCCAGAAAAGCUAUCAAGAGCCCAAGCUGAGCUCCAUCAAGUCAUUGGCAAAGGCAAGACGAUCGAAGAAGCCGAUAUUUCUCGCUUGCCCUAUUUAGAAGCUGUCUUGAAAGAGACUUUCCGGUUGCACCCAAUAGCUCCUCUCCUUCUUCCUCGAAAAUCUGGGGAAGAUUUUCCUAUAGGCGGUUUCACCAUUCCAAAGGGUGCACAGGUUUACAUAAAUGUGUUCGCGAUAGGACGAGAUCCGAGCAUUUGGGAUGAUCCAGACAAGUUCGUGCCCGACAGAUUUCUUGGAUCUGAUAUUGAUGUUAGGGGACAAAACUUUGAGCUGGUACCGUUCGGUGGUGGCAGGCGGAUUUGUCCAGGGUUGCCAUUGGCCGCGAGAAUGUUGCCUUUGAUGCUCGGUUCGCUCAUCAACAUAUUCAAUUGGAAGCUUGAAGAUGGUGUUAUCCCCGAGAACAUGAACAUGGAAGAAAAGUUCGGAUUAGCCGUCCAAAAGGCUCAAUCUCUAAAAGCUGUGCCCAUUCCUAUAUGAAAGAAGAAAUAGAAAUGCAUGUUCGUGUUAGAUUCUACGUAAUUAUGAUUGGUUGUGAUGAUUGCAUCGUCUAUUUACAGAAAAAAAGCGCUAUUCAAUAUUUUGAUGAAAAAAUGCGCAUUUUUUCUUGAAUUUGUAUCCUGGCAAAACAAAGAGCUAUUAGAGAGCAAAAAGAAUUUCUCAGUACAGUAGAUGUAGAAGAAGAGGCCAGAGUUUUGGGAAAUCUUACCUCUCUUUAUCUGUGUAAACUUUUUUCCUUACAAUCUGCGUGUGGUGAUAACUUUCAGUCUGAGACAGAGGUCUUCUCAGAUCUUAAGAGCUUAUACAUAAAAGUACUGUCCAAUGCUUGCGACAUUUUACAACUGUCGAAGCUGCCGAAGAACCUCAAGACCCUCCAGAUCAAACUUUGUGAUGAAAUCAAAGAGCCAUUUACUCGUGCGCCUGCAGAGUGUAAAUUACAG